UCAGAACACAAUAUUUUAUUAAUUUAAUCAAAUGUAUACCGGCACAACACAAUUUUAUUAAAAACAACCAAACAAAAAUGCUUUCGUCUACUAAAAAGGAGAAGGAAAUAAAUAAAAAUCAGAAAAAGAAAUCAAAUCAGAAUCAACAAGAAUUAACAAACGGGCAACAAGUAGCAUUAAUACAGAACGGAAAUAAACAGAAUGGAGAUACAAAAAGGAAUGGAAUUUCCUCUCAUCAUCUCCUCCCUUCAGAAGAAGACAAUUCAGAAUCUACAAGUAUCGUAGACGAUAAUUCUGCUUCAUUAACUCUACAGCAAACCCAUUUAAUUGAAAAUGAAGGGCAAAGUGACGUUUUAAAAACAGAAGAACAUUUUACUUCGGAAAUUAAAUCUUUUGUGGUUGUUAACCCUCCAAAAUUUAAGCAGAGAAUAAAAGCAUAUCGGUUAAAAUCAACAGACAGGGUAACUUUGGUUGCAGAAGUACAAAGUUGGCCUGUUGCUGAAUUUGAAUGGUUUUGCAAUGAUAAACCAGUCAACGAAAUAAAGAAUGAAAACACUGUAUUUACAGUAAAAACAAACGGAAAUGUUAGCAUAAUGAACAUACAAAACCCACUAGAAGGCAUUUAUGCGUGUGCAGCAAAAAAUUCAGCAGGCAUUUCAAAGUCUUAUGGCUAUAUAAAAAUAAAUGAUUCUCAAACACAAACAGAAGAAACGAGCAAUUUAAUUAUUGGAAUACUUUCCCCACCCCCUACACCCGAACCAACUACAACACAUUCAAAGAGUACAAAGAGGCCACCAAGAUUUUUGACUGAUGUGCCCAAUUUAGCUUUGAUUAACUCAGAAAUUGCUGUAUUUGAUGUUGAAGUUAGACCUGUUGCUGAUAGUUUUACAUGGUAUCUGGAUGGUCAUCUUAUCGCUGAAAUUAUCUCAACAAAUACAUCAGAAGACGUAUUUCCAAUAGAUUCUGCAAAUGCAACAUUCUUUUUACCAAAAUCUGGGCAUUGUGUUGCUCAUUUCAAAGAUGCAAAGCCUGGACGUUAUACUUGUGUUGCCAAAAAUGAGGCAGGAAUUGCCAAAAGUACAGGGUUUAUUGAGAGAAUAUCAGAUUUAAAUUCAAUUUCCAACAUCCAUACAAAUCUUCUACGAGAAACAACACUUCCCCCUAUAAGUAGUGAAGGCAGAGGAGGGUCAAGAGAAAGAUUUUCUGGCUCACGCACAAAAACAACAAUUCACACAACUACUGUAGUACAUCGUUCCUCUAGUUUACCAAAACGGAAGGCCUCUGGAGAAAGUUCCAGGGCGGAUAGUGAAUUUGAUUCUUCUCUAAUUGUCCGCCCAAAAAUGGCAACUCCAGAAAAGGAAAGUGUCAAUGCUGACAGAACACCUAUCAUACCUAAUUUUGUUGUUUUCCCGCCCCCAACAAUUUGCCUCUCAAAACAGAUGCAAAAAACACUUGAAUUACACGUCGCUUGCCAAGCUUAUCCACCAGCACAAAUAAAUUGGUUUAUUAACGGAAAAGGAUUGGCUGAGGAGUUGGAGAAAAAUGAAUAUCGAGUACUUACUGAACAUAAUGAAUCUAGAUUGUUAGUAGAGAGUGGGGGAGAGGGUGGGUUACCCAAGGAAGGAAUUUAUGUAGCUGAGGCUUCUAAUGCUUAUGGAACGGGAAGAUGUGAAACAAUGGUCACAAUUUCUGAUGAUAUCUUGUCUACGAUUGAGGAAAACUUUGUAGACGAUUCCGAAACAGUAACAAAAAUAAUACAAAAAAGAGUAGAACGCCAAGAAUUGUUUGAACAGGAUUCUGACGAGGAGGAUGAAUUUUUAAACGAAAAGGAUGGGAACGGUGGUGAUAAAUUUUUUGUAAGUACACAAACUAUUGAAGAAGCACCAAUGAGGGAAGUAGAACAGAUUCACAUUUUACAACAAAAGAGACCCGAAAUAGUCCAAGCUCCAGACAGUCGAAUAUUUGUUCCAGGUGGACUUCCACUUGUUUUAGAAUUGAAAGCGGAUUCGGAAAGUGAUUGUACUAUUCGUUGGUAUUUAAAGAAUUUUGAAUUACAUCCAAAUGGAAAUACAGUGAUUGUUGAGAAUUUGGAAAGAAAUCAUGAGAAACUCACAAUUCUAAACCCAACAGAAGGCAUUUACAAAGCAGUAAUUCAAAAUGAUCAUGGAAUGGCUACCUACGAAUGUCGAGUACUUGUAGAAGUUCCCCCUCAAAGUGAUCAAGAUUUACCCGAAUUCAUGCAACGUUCUCGUGCCUUACUUUUAAAAUCGCCUACACCCCCUCCAAUCUUUAAACCAGAAAAACAGCGUCCAACAAAGGAAGAAAGUGAUGCAGUUAAACGGAUUGAUAUAGCUCCAAAGAUUAUUUCGGAAUUUGAAGAGGUUUAUAGAAUAGGAGAGAAUAUGCCUUUUGAACUAGAUGUUAAAGCAGAGGCUAGACCUGAAGCACAAUUUCAAUGGAAACAUAAUAAUUUUGAAAUAAAAUCGAAUGAUCAAGUACAAAUUAAACAUGUUGGCGAGAAUAACGAAAAAAUAUCUUUUGCCAAAGCGGUUGAUGGAAUUGUCGAGGUUCAUGCUGUGAAUAAAUUAGGAAAGGAUAUUAAACGAACAAAAGUGGUAGUUGAUUAUAGCUUUGAUCCUUCAAAUGAAAAUGAUGUUAAUAAAAAAUUAACUGAAGAAAUGGAAGAUAAGAGAAAGGAAGAAGAGACUGAUGAAGAGCCAGGAAAAUUAGAAAAGAGGAAGAAAGAUACGCAAGGAGUGCAGGAAAGUGGAGAUUCAGAAGUCGUUGAAUCUAGUAAAAAGAAAGCUAAGAAAAUAGCUGAUAAAGUAAAACAAACUGAAGCAAAGCAAAGUUUGGAGAACGAUUUAAUUAGUAUUGAGAAACAGGAAGAAACCUAUUCAUUACUUGUUAAAGUAGCUGAAAGUGUGGCGGAUAAUUUAGUUGCUAAUAUAUUUGUUAAUGCUCUCGAAGAGGCUACUCAAAAAUUGGUUGAUAACGAAAAUAAUAAAAAGAAAGUUGAUAAAAAGAAAAUUGCUUCAAAAAAGAAAACUGAAGCAAAAAAAGAGGGAGAUAUUUUGAUAGAAAUUGAUUUAAUUAAUAAUAAAAUGUCAGAUAGUUUAAAUAUACUGGCUAAUCUACAGAUGUUUGAGGUUGAAAGUGUUAACAAAAAAGUUUUGUCAUUACCCGCUUCAAAGAUUAAAGAGAAGGAAAAAAUUGCUUCAAAAUCAGAAAAGGAAGUAGACAUCAACAAGGAGAGCUCAGAGGCUAAGAAAAUUGAAGAACCUGUUGAGGGAAAGAUUCAAGAGAAAAUAGGAGCCGAUAGAGAAGAUAUUUCAGAAGAAGAACGUAACAAAAGUUUAUCACAAAGAAGGCCCUCACAGCAACAAUUGGAUAACGUUAAUUUGCAGGAUAUGGAACUUUUAGAGCUUGUAAAUCGUUUAAGAACGGUUGAGGGGUUUUUAACUGAACAACCUGAUGAGGUUGGGAAGGAAGAGAAGAAGGAGGAGGAGAGACGAAGGGACAAGCCUGUUGAAGAAAAAAUUGUCCAGGAAGCUGUCUCUUCGGAGAAGGAUGAGUUUUUGGUCAAUGGAACGUGGACUAUUAAAGACGUUCAUGAAAAUCAGAAUAUUAUUGCUGAUACAGCUGAACUUGAAGCAAAACGACAAUUAGAGAUUGCACAGAAAGUGAAGCAACAUCGUGAUGAAAUUGCAGCGAAACAACAACAACAGCAGCAACAACAAAGUAGCCGUUCACCUUCCCGUAGAAGGGCAGAAAUCCAAAUUGUGGUUGUCGAGCAAGAAAGGACCCCAGACCGUAAACCAGAACAACACCCACCAGCACAGCCUAUCCCAUAUGGAGGAAAGCCAAAAAUUAACAAGAUAACUUUGGGUGUAUUUCUGAAUCUUCCGCCUCAUGUAGUUGCUUUUAAUGUGUAUUUAUUGGAAACAAAUAGUUUAAAUGUUGAAAGAAAUAUUAAAUUGGGUAGUAAAGAAAAGACUAAAAACAAAGACAAAGAGGAGACCAAAAUGCUUCAAAAAUCAGAAAAACAACCAGAAACUCAGCAAAAUGAACAAAGUUUAAUAGAAACAGAAGGCUAUUUUACCUCUUCUGGGGAUAAUACAACGAAAGGGAUUCAAGAGGAAAAGAAUUUGGAUUCUCAGUUAUUAGUCAGAUUAAAGCCUGAAGUUCCUUUGGAAAAAUCCGAAGCUGAACCUCUUUCUGACAUUUCUGAACGUACUGAGGAUAUUUCUGAGGAAACGAGAGAUUCCGGAAAAGGAGAUAAGAUAAAAAGAAAGGCUAGUUUUUCUCAGCUUGAACUCGAGACAAUUGCUGCCGAUUUGUUGUUUGUGCAGGACUUGGAAAGAGGAGAAUCGGAAGCACAAAUAUUGGAAAUGGAUCGUUCAAAUGCUUCUGGAAUUACUAGAAAAAUCCUUGCAAAAUCCUCAAUCCUCCAAAAAUUGGAGGAGUUUAAGGAAAAACUAACUUCAGACUUAUUUUCAUUGGAACAAUUAUUCCAAGCACAAUUUUCAGCACGUUGUGGGGCAAAAUUAGAAAUAGUUAAAAAUCAGGAAUGUGCGAAUAUAGAAGUGAUUGUAGCUGAUUUUCUUUUAGAAAAAGGUGUGGAGAGCACUGAGAAAAAACAAAUUUCGACGACCGUAUCAUAUCAGAAGCCGGAGUUCUUAGAAGAAUUACCUUCAGUUCCAAUUGAGCUUCUUGAAGGUGUAGAGCGUCAAGUAUUUCCAAAAUGCACAUUCAAAGGCAUUCCAACUCCAACAGUUACGUGGUGGAUUGGUAACGAGCCCGUGUUGGGAAAUAAAUUUGUUGAUUGUAUUGUUGAGGAGGGCGCCUCAUACUUAGUUGCUCAAAAGGUGCCAAUUGAAUGGGAUGGAAAAGAAAUACAUUGUGAACUUCAUUCGAGUGCAGGAAUGAGUACAAGCAAAAGUGGCACUAUUCGAGUUUUAGGCAAUAAUGAAAUUAAUGUUGACAUUGCCCUUGAAGCAGUAGAAGAGCCUCACUCUGAAGGUGUAGCAGAAUAUGCCCUCAAAACCUUCUACUCAGCACGUUAUGGCCGCAAAAAACAACAAAAACCGACCUCAAAAUUCUCUUUAGGGGAAAGAAAAAUGUCACGCGAAAGUCUCUCUACAGUCUUGGAAAGAUUAGAUGAAAGGAGGGGUCAUCGUCCUACAACAAUAACACGUCCAAGUUCAUUUGGAGGGGUCCCACCAUUCUUUAUUGUGCCGUUGGCGCCGAGUUUGUAUUUAAAUGAGGGACAGAACAUCACACUAUCCGCAAAGUGUGUAGGAGCUAAUCGGUUAAUAUGGAAAAAGGACUCGUCAAUUAUUGUGGGGAAUGAAGAUAAAUACAUUAUCGAUACGGUAAUGUCAAGUGGAACUACUCGCUUAACUAUACUAAACAUAAAUCUUCGUGACGAAGCGAGUUAUACUUGUGAGGGUAUAAAUGAGUAUGGGAGAGCUUCAACUGAAUGUAGAAUGACAACAGAAUCGGACGAAAUGUGUGAAAAUGAAGCAGAUAUACUCAUCUCUUGUAAGAAAAUAGAUUCAGAAGCUCAUAUCGAAAUAGGUGUAUUAGAAGCAAUAAAAGAGACUCAAGAAAUAACAAUAAAUGAAGAUAAAAAGAAAAUAAAGAAAUCUGUGACAUUUGAAGCAGAAGAAGUAAAUUUGAGGGUAGAUAUAAAUUUUGAGGAUGUUGAUGUUUUGGAUGUAAAUUUGUAUGAAUCGUUUGAGGAGGUUGUUUCAGAAAUAAUUCAAGUUGGAGGAAAAGAGAGGGAAGAAGUUAAAAUGGAAGAAAAAGAAACGAAAUUGCUAACAGAUUUUACUCUUGAAGUAGAAAUUAAUUAUGAAACGACAGAUAUGCUUGAAAUAUUUUUAUAUGAAACAAUUGAAUUUGUUGAAACAGUUAUAAGUAAGUGGGAGAUAGUAAUUGAUGAUCUAAUGCAGAAAGCCGAUGCUGAGGCAAAACAAAAAGCUGAAACUGAAGCUAAGCAGAAGGCUGAAACUGAAGCUAAGCAAAAGGCUGAAGCCGAGGCAACAAAACAAAAAGGCUGAAGCCGAGGCAACAAAACAAAAAGCUGAACUUGAAGCUAAACAGAAGCAAGAUAAGCAAAAGUUAGAUGAUGCUAAACAAAAGGCUGAAACUGAAGCUAAGCAAAAGGCUGAAGC